AUGGGAGACAGCACAAGUUUUUGGCACAUGCCAGAAUGUUCCUACUCUGGAUACAUUCUCCCAGUGGGGUUCUUCACAGCUGGCGCUAUAUUCGCCCUUCGCUUAAGAGGUUUAUACUUCAACAACUCAAUAAAACAACCAAAGCCAAACACAUCAAACAAUGAUAUAUCUGGCCAUUCCAGAAGAAACCCUCCACCUCCCAUUGUGGAUGGCAUUGAGGGUUGCAUAGGCAAUACUCCUCUAAUACGUAUCAAGUCUUUGUCCGAAGCAACGGGAUGUGAAAUACUUGGAAAAGCCGAGUUUUUGAAUGGUGCCGGGGGCAGCCCGAAAGAUCGUGUCGCCCUAAAUAUUAUACAAAUGGCAGAAAGGCAAGGCCGUUUGACACCACAUUCUGGGGAUGUAAUUUAUGAAGGUACCGUGGGAUCGACCGGUAUAUCCUUGGCAACAUUGGCGAGGGCGAGCGGAUAUUCUGCACAUAUUUGUAUGCCUUCCGAUCAAUCUACCGAAAAAUCAAAUUUGCUCUUGAAACUAGGCGCCGUGGUAGAACGAGUACCGCCUGCCCCCAUUGUAGAACAAGGCCAUUUUGUGAACAGAGCCCGAGAUCUUGCAAAGUAUCACGGUGCGACGGCGGAAACUCUUCCCGUAAACACGAAAGGACGCGGGACAGAAGUGAACCCUGAAAGCGAAUUACUAGCAUCGAUAGAGGUAGGUAAGUGUAGCCGUGGAUUCUUUGCUGAUCAGUUUGAAAACCCUGCGAACUGGCAAGCCCACUUUCACAGUACCGGUCCCGAGAUCUUUGAACAGUGCAAAGGAACACUAGAUGCAUUUGUGUCAGGUGCAGGAACAGGAGGCACCAUUUCAGGGGUUGCUCUUUAUCUAAAGCCUCGCCUCCCAACAGUAAAAAUUGUACUUGCAGAUCCGCAAGGUAGUGGAUUGUUCAAUAGAAUCCGCUUCGGCGUCAUGUUCGAUGUAAAGGAGCGAGAGGGAGCUAGGCGACGGCGGCAAAUAGACACGGUCGUGGAAGGAAUAGGCAUUAACCGAAUUACCGGAAAUUUUGAAGCAGGCAGAGAGUUGAUCGAUGAUGCUAUCAGAGUAAACGAUGCUCAAGCCAAAGCCAUGGCCAGGUGGCUGGUAGAAAAAGAUGGAAUAUUUGUGGGAAGCAGCAGUGCUGUAAAUUGUUUUGCUGCGCUCAAAAUGGCUCUUAAAUUAGGCCCUGGGCAUCGGAUUGUGACCUUAUUGUGCGACUCUGGAACCCGGCACCUUUCUAGGUUCUGGGCAGAUGCGGGUGAGGUCGGAGAUGCUGUAGAAAUGAAGCUUCAAGACCUACUGCAGGCAAAUCGUGAUGGAGCAAACUUCAAUUGCAUACUAGAUCGAUUUUGA